CUCUAAUUCAAACUCUAACCCAACGGCGUAAUGCGGUCGGUGCCAGGCUGAGGCUCUGCUGGGCUCUGCUCAGCUUGCUCGAGGCACUUAUCUCAGUUCUUCCUGCAAUUUCCCUUCCUUCUUUACCUCCUUUCCCAUCUUCUUCUCGCAAUGUCCGACAAUGAUCUCACAGAAGUGUCUCCAGAGCCGCUUGGCGACGAGGAAUCUGCCAUUCCCGAGACCCCUGGCACGCCGGAUCAGGCCAAGCGUGAGGAGGGCACUGCUGCGUCUCCUGCCGCUGCUGCUUCGCCUUCCUCCCCGCGCAUGCCCUCCAUGACCGACGUCCUCAACUCGGCCCCGUCGUCGCCCGUGGUGACAAAAGAGCAGCAGCCUGCCUCUCAGGAAACAACCGAGCUCCAUCUCGCCGACGAGAUCGAGGACGAAAACCCGCCCCCACCCCCGCCGCGCCCGCUCUCGCCCUUUUCCCAAGCCCAAAAGACCUUAGAAGAGGCAUUCCCCUCAAUCGAGAAGUCAGUCGUCAAGGCGGUCCUUAUCGCCUCUGGCGGCCAUGUUGACCCGGCAUUCAAUGCCUUGCUCUCAAUGUCCGAUCCCGGCUUCGUGCCCGAGCUGCCUCCUCGACCGGCCGCCGCUGCGCAUCAGACCCCGGCGUCGCCCACAAAGACAGAUCAAGUGCUUGCGGACGAGGCCUAUGCCCGCAAGCUGGCCGCUGAGCUCAACAACGAGUCUGGAAGCCAUUCCCGCCCACCUCGGGCGUCUUCUCGCAGAAACGACAAUUCAUCGUCGUCCUACGAGCGUAGAUCACACCGCGGUGCAGAGUACGACGGCACAGACGACUACCUCGGCGCGCAGAAAGAAUACUCGUUCUUUGACGACGAUCUGCCAAUCAUCAAGGAGAACCUCACGCGCGGCUUCCAAGAAACGCGGUCGAAGGUGAACGAGUGGGUCGCAAACUUCAAGAAGAAAAUCGACGGUGAGGACGACGAUUCGACCGACUACUACUCUGGCUCCUCCUCCGGCAGAGUCCCGUCCAAGUCCACCGACCAGCGUCGCCCUAGCCAGCAAAGUGGCUCUAGCUCCUCGUCGCGCUAUCCCAGACAGACAAAGUACGACUAUUCGAUCGGCCGCCAGCACUCGUACGAUAAAGAUCCUACCGAACUCGAUGGAAAUUUCGCGCAUCUCAACCUCGUUGACAGCUCGCGCGACCCUCCUCCUCCGCGCCCUCCUAGGCCGACAGCGGUUGCGACUUCUUUGAACACUACAUCCAGCACAGAGAGACUUUACUCGCCGACCAGAAACUCGCCUGCCUCGCCCCAGCGGUCGUCGGGCAAGUGGGAGCCGCUCAGGGCGGUCGAGCCUACCCCGGACCGGGAUCCGUUCUUUAUCGGAGACAGUGAUGAUGAGGGAGAAGAGACAGGUAAGAAGCAAGUGCGUUUUGCUUCUGGGGAUGACGACCUGAAGUAGAUUGAGUAUACGAGUAUCAGCUGUAGGUAUAUGAAUAUAUGAACCUCUAGAUGUGAACCAGCUCUCUUGCUACCUACGUAAAUCUCGAUUUAGCC